UGGCGGGAGUUCUUAGGUCGAUCUUCAAGUGUUGAACACAGAACCCUAUCCCUUUGCUUUUCCAGCCGCCUCAACCACCUCACAACCUAAACAUUCUUCGAACAUGUCCUCAAACGCGACCUUACUUGCUCCAACUACUGUGCGCGAUGUCCUGCGAGUUUAUACGGUUCAUGAGACUGGUGUCGACCAAGAGACAACAACCCGAAUUCGGGGGAAGACAUCUCUGAAGACGCAGCAGAUACAAGCUGAAGCGAAACGAGAUGCAAAUUGGCCACAAGAUUGGCGUGGCAUGCCAUCAUACCGCGAGACUAGUCGAUCACAUCGUUUGGCCGACCGACCGGCUGGGAAAGAUCUCGCAGAGAGUGUGGUCGUGACAGUCAUGUUCACGGGUGUCUUCGUUACAGGUAGACUAAAUGCCCUAUGGCGGUCCACAAUAGGGAGAUGGAAUGAGAAUAUCAUGAGAUAUGAUGUUGGAGGAGAGUGGUAGUGGUCGCAGACAUGCGUUUUGUGCGUUUUCUUACGACCUCACUUAUUGGUAGAGGAUACCUGGCGUUCAUCAUCCAUAAAACCGAAUCGCUCUGUCUGGCUCUGUGUAAUCACUACCCAAUACAAUAGAUGAGCAUCCCUUCCUCCUUAAGAGCGGUGACCAUCUUGCCGUCAAAUUGGUAAACUUGGUAGGAGUGACAUUGAAACGAUCAUGAGUUAAACACUUCUAUUUUCCUCCUUUUAUCUAUUUAGACUGCAGGGAUCAGAG